GCUUAAAAGAAGCUUCUUUGGGACCUUAGAUGCGUCCUAAUUGCGUCAAUUGCACAAAUGGCAGCUAACGAGGAUGAAGACCCGUCGUAUGUCGACUACGAAGCCUUUCUAGAUCCAAGCUUUAGCCCCUCGUCAUUCGCCAACAGCCUUGUCCUCGCAACAAACAAUCCGAACGACACUCCGCUAGAUCUCUCAACGCCGCUAUCCAAAGUAUUAUUCGAUGCCCAAGAGAUCGAUUCCCAUAUAGAUCUCCUUACAACCCGCUCGGCGAUCCCUCUUCUCUCACAUGCUACCGAACAGACCGAAGCGAGUGGGAGGAUAAUAGCUGAAAUUGAUAACCAGGUCAAGAGCCUGAACGAGAGCUACAAACAACUAGAGAAAGAGGUCAUCCAAAAACAUGCUGAAGCUGACGAGGUGCGCCAAGUUGCCGCCCGACUAUGGGAGACCUUGAAGUUAGGUAGAUCUGUUGGUCGCUGUCUUCAGCUAGGACGACAGCUUGAGAUUCAACACACAGAAAUAAGCAGCUCGGGGGCCGGCUCAAGGAAAGAAGAUCAUAGAGCAUUAGUACGUUGCGCGCAUACACUAAUAUCGCUACGCGAGAUACUCGAUAAGAAGGCGCCAGGCGAAGAAGGAUAUGGCCUCGAUAAGGUCAACGCAAUUAGGAGUCUUCAAGACUCUAUCAUAGGACCAAUCGAAAAAUCCGUCAAGAGCACCUCAGAACAGAUUGUACGGGAGUUCAAUGUUGGCUCCGCUUCGGGAACUACAACCUUCGCUCAAAGUGAAGAGGCUAAGGCGCGAAUUAUAUCUGCUGCAGUCACGCUCUACUUCAUAUCACCAAUAACAGGCACCAAACCUGAUAAAUGGACGCCUCAAUUACUUCUUCAGGCUCUCGAGGUCUAUUUGCGAAACUCGUUACAAAGCUCUAUCGCAUCACUAGCUAGGUCACUUGCGACACUACCAUCUUUAGACCGAACUCUGGCCGAGAUCUCGGCGCGAUGUCAAAAUAUAGUCGCUUUAGAGAUCAUUCUCUCUACCACAAACGCCCCGCCUCACCCACUUCUACCAACCCAAAAGCAUACUUCCGAUAAGUCUAACCUUCUACAGUACCUACUGGCAUAUCUUGAGACCGGUUCGUUAGCAUCCUAUUUCUGGAGAACUAUGGCAAGCAGUCUCGCGACAAGAGUCCAGGAAAUUGUCAACCGCGGUGGUGUUUCAGCGCGUACGUUGAAGACGAAUAGAAACACUGUAGGGGAGGCUAUUAGGGAAUGCGUUAUCCGAGGCAGUCAACCUCCAAAUACUAUCACAACUACUAAGGGGAAAUCCUCCAAGGGAGGCCCAGAGAAAAGUGGUGAAUGGGAUCGCGAGGUGGCAGUAAUGGUUGGUAGUGUUGUUGGAAAUCUCGGUAGAUGAUUACAACAAGACGGGGAUAUCUACAUGCUCUAUCUAUUAUCUAAUCGAACUGUAAAUGAAGGCAUAUUUACGAUUCGCGGUUACCUAUUAGCAAGCAUCGUUACACUAUGGCUAAUACGAGCCUCACGAAAAAAGGGAAAAGGGGGGAGGGAGGAGGGACAGCCCUACCAAGGAUCUGGAAUAUAUUUGAUGCUACAACCUCGGCCAACAAGCUCUAUAAUCGAGCUAUAUCUUUAUGAUAUCCAGUUAGAUAGUAUAUGCCCAAAAUGCACAACCAAGGCAUCUGUCGGCUGCAUCGCGGGGGUUCCCGGGCCGUGAAUGCCCUCACUAUCUAAUCCCUCAUUUCAAAAUUGCCCCAUAUGGCUGACUCAAUACAACAUAAGAACACUCAAAUCGAGGUCAAUUCAUGCUUAUAUGCCUCAAUUUAAAGUAUUAAUUAUUCUUGGAAACCCGUGGGAGAUCUUAACC